AUGAGUGAACAAGCGAACUCGUCGGGCAUCGAAUCCCUUUCGAAUGGGCUUCGAGAACGGAAUGCACAGACAUCGAAACCUAUUGGGGACCGGGAAGUAACUUCCCAGUCUCUAGAGGAUAAGUUACAAGUAGAGGAAGGGGAUGCGGCAGAUGCAGAGAAGAAGACAUUUGGUAGAACUCCAGAUGGCAAAGUUUUCACCGUGCCCCCCACUCGUGAUAUGGUAUCGCAGCUACUUUCCCCUUCAGAGCCGAAAAACAUAUCUGAUAUCUUUGUCCUCGCCAUUCUCGGCUGCCAUAUCCUUCUGCUCUGGUGUCUUCCAUCCUCGUUCCGGAUCGCAGCUUUUGCCGUUAUAUUCCUGUUCUGGCGUGCCUCUUACAACAUCGGGAUAGGAUGGCUCUUGCACAUGCAAUCAAACGGCCGGACGUUGGUCUGUUGGGCCAAGAAGUCGAACAUCUUCGUGAACCCAUCCACCGGCCAGAACCCCCAUCCGACCUUGUACAAGAUGCUCAAGUGGGAAUUGGAAACGAAGAUAUCGGAACAGUAUUCUUUCGAUGAAGCCCCCACUGAAUACAACACCUGGCUUGUAUUUAGACGUGUGGUGGAUCUGAUUUUGAUGUGUGACUUUACCUCAUACUGCCUGUUCGCAAUCGCUUGUGGCGGUCGCCCAGCUGGAGAGAGUUUCAUUAUGCUAGCCUUGAGAUGGACUACUGGGAUGAGCCUGGUGCUCUUCAACCUCUGGGUCAAGUUGGAUGCCCAUCGGGUAGUCAAAGACUUCGCAUGGUACUGGGGAGAUUUCUUUUACCUAAUCGAUCAGGAACUCACUUUCGACGGCGUCUUUGAGAUGGCCCCGCAUCCUAUGUAUUCCGUUGGCUAUGCGGGAUAUUACGGCAUCUCCUUGAUGGCAGCUAGUUACAAGGUCCUUUUUAUUUCCAUCCUAGCACAUGCCGCCCAGUUUGCGUUUACUGGUUCUUGUUGA